UGUGUAUUACUAGAGAAAAUUUUCUUACAUUCUUAUGAAUUUUUGUGAAUAAUUAUUUAAAUAUUUAAAAAACUCUUAAGAAAAUUGUGAAAAACGUUUAAUUUAGACUAGCAAAAUGAUGCUAUUUAUGUUGUUAUUCAGCCGUCAGGGUAAAUUGCGUUUACAAAAAUGGUAUAACGCAUAUCCCGACAAAGUUAAGAAGAAGAUUACCCGUGAAUUGGUCACUACCAUUUUGGCUCGCAAGCCCAAAAUGUGUUCCUUUUUGGAGUGGAAAGAUUGUAAAAUUGUUUACAAGCGCUAUGCCAGUUUGUAUUUCUGUUGUGCGAUUGAGCAAAACGAUAAUGAAUUGUUGACUUUGGAAAUUAUCCAUCGUUAUGUUGAGCUGUUGGAUAAAUACUUUGGUAGCGUAUGUGAACUGGAUAUUAUUUUCAACUUUGAAAAGGCCUACUUCAUAUUAGAUGAGCUAUUAAUUGGCGGCGAGAUACAAGAAACCUCAAAAAAGAAUGUGCUAAAGGCAAUUGCCUCACAGGAUCUAUUGCAAGAGGAUGAAACUCCUCAGGGUUUCUUUGAUGAUCACGGUCUUGGCUAAGUAAAAUUGUUUGAAAAACAUUUAAAUUUUUUUUUUAUUUUACUGCAACAAACAACAUACUUAAUCUGUAACUGUAACUGCUGUCCUUAAUUCCAAAACGAAAAGAAAAAGUGAAAAAAAGACAAUUAUCACGAUUUUUAUCAAAUAGAAAUACAUACAUAUUGAAAAGCGUUUUAAUUAACAAAUGUAUUCUUGUAAUCUUUAUAAGUAAAUAUACAUAGUAUUAUUAUUUUUUGUAAACAA